AUGCUUUGUUGCAUAUGCAAAGAGCCUGGUCAUCUAGGAGCUAAUUGCGACUAUUCUUGGGUUUUCCCGACGGUGCAUGGCGCUCCUACGGACGAGUCCGAAAUCGUAAACAUAGAAGAUGAACCACAACACUCUCCCUCUACUGACGUAAAUAUCGAAGACGAUCAGCAGGAUUCCUUGUCCAUUGAUGAAAAUCUUCCGCUGGCCUCCGUUUUGCCGCCGCCUACACAGUCUGCUGAGCAACCUAUUCAUCCCUCGCCUGAACAACCUGUUUCUGAUUUAACCGCUCAACCGCUACUUGAACAGUCAAAAGAAUUUAACCAGCCUGAUCCUUUGUCCGAACAGUCUGCCCAACCUUCUCAACCGUCUACAUGCAGUUCACAGUCUGAACAACCUGUCCAAUCUCCUCAAACGUCUGAUUGUACAUCUUCACCCCUUGGCCAAUCUUCUGAACCUACCCCCACGGACUCGCCACUUAUUACUUCACAAGGUCUCAUUGCUUCAAUCAAGUCUGUCAUCAAACCGCCUCCCCGCCGAACACCUGCUAAGCUAUCUCUUGCCUGUUUUCGAAAACCUACCACGCCAACACUCGUUCCUGGAAAGCCUCGUUCUUCAAUCCCUGUGCCCACUGCAUCACACACUCCCCCACUGGUCACUCCUGAUAACCCCGAAGAAGAUAUGGAAACCACCCAUGAAUUGAAAAGAAAAUCUUCUGAACUCUCGACCCCUACCUCAGAGAGGAAAAAUGGAAGAAACAGGUCAACAAAAUCCAAGUAA